GCCUGCGUAAAACAUACGCUAACUUCCGGAAAAUAUAAACACGUGUGGAAAGCUUCAAGAUGCCGAAGUCGAAAAGAGACAAAAAGAUUUCCUUAACACAGACCAAAAAGAAAGGUUUGGAGCUCAAACAGGGGCUUGUGCAAGAGAUUCAGAACUGUGUAGACAAAUAUGCCAGAAUUUUUCUUUUUUCUGUUCAAAAUAUGAGGAAUUCCAAGCUGAAAGAUGUCAGAACAGAGUGGAAACAUAGUCGAUUUUUCUUUGGUAAGAACAAAGUCAUGGCCCUGGCUCUGGGACGAACAGCAGAAGACGAAUAUCGAGAUGACCUUCACCUUUUAUCAAAACGACUUCGUGGCCAGAUGGGAUUGUUGUUUACAAAUCAGAGUAAAAAAGAAGUUUUAGAGUGGUUCAAGGAGUUCAGAGAUAAGGACUAUGCGCGAUCGGGCAACGUAGCAACUCAGACGGUAGUAAUCGACCAGGGCCCCCUCAGCAAGUUCUCCCACUCCAUGGAACCACAGCUAAGACAGCUGGGUCUGGCCACAAAACUAGUCAAAGGCGUAAUCACACUCACAUCAGACCAUACCGUCUGCGAACAGGGAGACAUUUUAACGCCAGAACAAUGCAGAAUAUUAAAGUUAUUUGGGCACCUGAUGGCUGAUUUCUAUAUCUCAGUGGAAGCCAUGUGGUCAAAUAAUGGAACUUUUGAGGAAUUUUCAGACACACAAGACCAUAUUGUACCACCCAAGAUAAGGUUAAAACCCAAACAGACAACAGAUGAGGAUGAUGAUGGUCUGAUGGUGGAGGUGGUACCUGAAAAUGAAGAAAUGACAGAUGAUGAUGAUGAGGAGGAGGAUCAGUGAAACGUUGGGUCGUUACGAUAAAUAAAAAGAAAAACAUAUUAGCCCUGGGGGUCUGUCUUUAUAAAGAGGAAGACAUUCAUGUUUUUGCCUGUCUGUCAAAAUAAAAAAGAGGAAGAAAAGGGGACAUGGCACAUAAUUGGCCCUAACAGCAUAUAGAGAAAAAAAAA